UUUCGCGCCAAAUGAGAGGAAUGUUCUUCCUCACCUGUUUGUUGUAAACUCAUUUAUAAAAACCUUGGAAUUUUUAAGUACAUUGCUGUUCAAACUUUAUCGUUUAUUCUGAUUGAGUCGUGUUAGUUAUACUUUUGUCGCGUUGAAAAGUGUAUUUUCUCCGCGACUCGUCGUCUUUCGACAAGUCUAGGAUCUUCAGCGACGAUAACAUGAAACCGGGAGGCUCUACGCAAGUUUCUGCCGCCAAAACCGCCGUUCCAGAGGAUAAAAUCAGGAAGUCUCUGCACACUUUACAACCAGCGGCAACAGACAAGGAGAACCUUGUCGGCGGCGGCAGAGUCCUUCGUUCCACACUGCCAGGAAAAGGGAGCAUCAAGGAUGAGAUGGCCGAUAAGACAAAGACUGAAACUCAGAAGCGGAAAAAGGUGGCCUUCAGGGACAAAGGAGUACAAACAACACGGGGAGAAAAAAUAAAGAUCGAAGUUGAAGACCUGACCUCCGACGCCGGUCCUAGCGAACAAUACUGGGAAGUGUUAGCUGAGAGGCGACGAAUAGCGCUAGAAGACGCGCUAGACGAGAACAGGGAGUUGACUGAGAGGGUCGCGAGGCUGGAAGAGGAGAAGCGUGCGUACAAAGAGAUGUUGGAUGAGACGAGAGCCCUUGUGGAAGUUUUGCAGGAAAUGAUUGGCGAAGACCGGAGUGACAUCAACAAUUCUUUGGAGGACAGCGUUCUUUAGCGGAAUUGAUCUCUCUUCCCGGACCGUGUGCCUGCAUAGAUAGCCCAAUCGUAUCAUUUUCUUUUCUUUUUUUUUACAAAUAAAAUUCUCCAUCAAUUCUCAUAUAGUAUCUAAACGUAAAAAAUAAGAUACAUGACUGACACAGAUUCGUGUUUAAACAUAUGAUAAUAGUCGUAAAUACCACGUCAAUUACUAUUCACUAUUGCGAGCUUGGUGAGUUCCUGGAACGAAGUAAAUCUGUUUUUACUUUGUUCGUUUUUUGUAUUAUUUUUUAACUAAAUACCUGAGCGUCGAAGCACCGUACGUCAACGAACACUGCGAUGAACGAUAGUGUUAGUUAACAGUGUUAUUUCUGUAUUUGAUUUUUGGUAUCGAGAGAGCUCACAGUCCACUAUUCAAUCAAAGUAAUAUAAACACAUCACUUUGCACCUCUGUAAUCUAAUAAGCGAAUAGUAAUUAUUCCAACCGUUCACUGGAAACUUCAACGACGUUCCUACACGUUUUUUCUUUCUCUUCAAUAUAUUUUAAAUAACAGUAAAAUAAAUAUUUUAUCGACA